AUGGUCAAGUACACUUCCACUCUUUUAUUGGGUUUAGCCGCCACUAUCUGUACCACUUCAGCUUUACCCGUUCCAGCUGAAGAUGCUUCCAACGCCACUUUCGCUAUUACUGACAAUGUCGAUGAUAGCAAUAACACAACUGAAGUCCUAGCUGAUGUUACUGCUAGUACUACAACCACGCCACUUGACGAGGUUGCUACCUCUACUGAAACAGUGGAUAUUAUUCCUACUGACGCUAUUGAUUCCGACGAGAAUGGUGACGAAGAGGAAAGUACCAUUGUUGACGAGGUUGGUGAUAGUGACGAUGAAGAAGAGGACAUAGAAGACGAACAAGAAAUUGACGAUAGCAAUAAUGUCAAAAUUACAGAUGAAGAUGCGUCUGUUGAGCCCACUGUUGAUAUUGAAAACAACGUUGAUGUUCCUGAAGAAACACUUGCUGUUCAAGAGGAUAACAAUGAUGAAGCUGUAACUGCUGAGGAUUUGGAAGAAGCCACUGCCGCUGACGAAGAUUCUACUGAUGCUCCUGUUGAAGACUCCACGACUGAUGCUCCUGUCGAAGAAAAUGUGGAGGAAAAUACAGAUAACGCUGAUCCUUCUUCUGAGACCGCCGGUGACUUUGGCGAAACCGACAAUGCCGAUGAAACCGCUGUUGAUCAACCUGCCGAUAUUGAAGAGCAUACUGACAACAUUGAAUCACCCGAAGAAACAGAUGACAGCGAAGACAUUAAGAACACUGACAAUGUCGAUACGAAUGAAGAGGACAAUACUGAAGAAACUGACAAUGCUGAUAACGGUGUAAAUGGAGAAGUAGAUAUUGAAAUUGCUGCUGAGGAAGUCAAUAACAACGAUACAUCUGAAGCUCCUGUUGAAGAGGGUUCUAGCAAUGAAGAAGCUCCCGCCGAAGAAGCCUCAAUCGAGAAGUCUUCCGCUGAAGAAAAUCCCAUUGAAGAAACAACUGUCGAAGAACCUCCUAUUGAAGAUACCAAUGAAGAUGAUGUCAACGAAGAUUAUGACGAAGAAAAAGUUGCUGAUGAUAGCACCGAUGAGACCACUGUAGUGGAAGAUAUUUAA